AUGAAUAACCAGGGUCCACCUUUACUUCUACCACUUACGGCGGGGGAAGACGACCCGGCCGAUCAUCAGAAUGAAGUAAAGGGGAAGAAGAAGUGGUAUCACCCUUACAGUAUUCUAGGAUUUCUGUUGGAUAAUUGGUUUCUCAUCGGGAUAGGAGUAUCGAUAGUAUUAGCUUGGAGGUUCCCAAACGUAGCUGCAGAUGGAGGAGUUAUCCGCUCCGAGUACUCGAUCAAAUACGGUGCCAUCGCCCUUAUAUUCCUCAUCACUGGUCUAACCCUCUCUACCAAAUCUCUAUAUGUCCAAUUGCGUAAUUGGAAAUUACACCUGUUCACUCAAUUGUUCAGCUUCCUAUUUUUCCCCGCUGUCGUCUUUGCUAUUGUGAAUAUAGUCAAUGCCUCACAUGGGAAUAUAGAUAAAUAUGUGUUGGCUGGAUUGGUAGUUAUGGGAGUUAUGCCUACGACGGUUGCUUCGAAUAUCACUAUGACGAGAGCGGCUGGAGGUAGUACGGAGAGCGCAACAAUCGAAGUUUGUAUUGGAAACUUACUCGGUACAUUCAUCACGCCUUUACUAUGUUCUCUGUUCUUCUCUUCGGAUACUUGGUCUUUCGGUAAACCCAUUGCCAAGGAUGGAGGGGGAUCAACAGCGGAUGGGUUGAAGGAGAUUUACAGGCAGCUGGCGAAACAGAUAGGUCUGGCUAUAUUCGUUCCACUCUUCGUUGGACAGAUCAUCCAGAACAUAUUUCCAAAACAGACUAAAUGGGUAUCAACCAAAUUCAAAUUAGCCAAAAUAUCAACUUUUUUCCUCCUCUUACUCAUAUGGUCCGUAUUCUCUACUCAAUUCAGAGCCCAAGCAUUCGAAGCAGUAUCAACAUCAACUAUAAUAUUCCUUGUAUUUCUGAAUUUGGGAUUAUACGGAGUAUUCACUUUACUUUGCGUUUUCCUCACUCGAUUACCUUUCUCUCGCCCAUCUUCACCAUCGAACAUACAUGUCAAUACCGGAAUAUCCUCUAAGCGGAAUUUCUGGAGAAGGCUUGUGAAUAUACAAUCAUUCAGGUUCAACAAAAGAGAGUCUACUGCGAUAUGCUUUUGUGCAGUGGCCAAAGGGAUGGUAGUGGGUGCUCCCACGUUAAGUAUCUUGUACGGUGGAUUUCCAGAACAGCAGAAAGCUAUCUUAUCGAUUCCUCUGGUUUUAUAUCAAGGUCAACAAGUCGCUGUAGCUCAGAUAUUGGUGUAUUUCUUCAAGAAAUGGAACGAGAAGUCUGAUACAUAUUUCGAUGACGAUGCUCCUUCUUUAGAGGUGAAGGAUUCCCCUCGGAAUUCCAACACCCUUCAGGAGAACCGUAUAGCGGACGAACAGCAGGAGAAAGCAUGA